AUGUGUACCAUGCACAAGCUGGGCCUUCAGAUUUGGCCCUCACCCGACGUGAUGGUGCUCAUGAGCACGAAGGGCACACUUUACAAGGUUGCCAUGUUGAGCACUGCUCUGGAGGACGCGCUUGCAUACUGCACGGUCGAGGAGUUUAUGGUUGGCUUCAAGACAGUCCCUGGCUUUCCAGACGUGCGUCAUCAGGCAGAACAGGUGCUCGUCAAACGAGGCCGCCUGGAUCAUCGAGCUGAGCCAUUGCCGCACAUCCGUCGUGAUGGGGUGGCCAUUUUGAGCAUGUGUUUGAGGAGGACAAAGGCAGAACACAUUCGCGUACUACAUGGUAGAGGAGUUUGCAGCUGGCUUCAAGAAGAGGCUGGCUUUGCAGCUUCGCGGCAUCAAGCAGACCAGAGGCUCGUCAGGCGAGGGCGACUGGAAUAUCAAACGGAAACCUGGCAACCACUGCAAGUCUUACAGAGAGGGGUGAGGCACAGACGACGAGUUGUUCGAUCUGAUGACCCUGAUUCCGCGUUCCUGCAGUGUUCUGAGUACGCGAGUGAUGCACUUUCUAUUUGA